GUGAGUACUAGAAAAACUAAUAAAAAACUACCACAACAAUGACAUCACAAACGAACUCAACUUCACACCAAUAGCAGUACAAUUUGUAUCAAAGCAUGGAUAUGAUGACAGCUCUUCCAAUAGCUGUCAAAUUCAAGUUUGUUGAUAUUGAAAAAAAAAAAUAAGAAUAUUAGUUUCGCUAACCAUCGGGCAAACUGUUCUCAAUCUUUGAUUUGUACGAAAAACUACUGAGAUCCCAUUGGAAAUGCUAGAAAAAUACUAGCAAAAGAACUACACUAGAAUUCCGUGAAUCUCCCCAAAUAAAUAAUUACGACAUUCCUCGAUCAACCACAUAGAUAGGAGAAAUCGUAUCAAAUCUAAGGCAACACCACAUUUGACUGAUUUCACACAUUGGAACUUCGCAAGUUCGAUCAGAUCCCGUUAGUCAGAUGUCUUAUAAUAAUUUCGCCAACCAGAUCCGGCAGCAUGUAUCUGCGCAAAUAAACCGCGCGCUAUCGCAAAAUCCAAUGUACCAACAGUCAUUUUAUCCAAUGUUCAAUCCCCAACCGGCAGGAGGUCAGCAAAGGAGCCAAAACUAUGGUGGUGGACAAUCUUCUCCUCAAAUUGGAAGCUUUUCUAACGUGGACCCAUCAAACAGAUUCCAACAAAAUGUUGUAAUAGGCUCAUUCUCGAAUGUCGGUCCAGAUAAUACUAUUGAUUCAAAUACUAGAAUCGAUAACUAUGUAACAAUGGGCUCAUCAAAUAAAGUUCAACCGGAUUGUCGCAUUGGAAGUUAUGCGUCAAUUGGUGAUCGUAAUUUCAUUGGUUGCAAUACAAUUAUUGAAGGUUUUACUAGCAUUGCUAAUGACAACAACAUUGGUGCACAGUGUAAGGUUUUGUCGUAUGCAUCGAUUCAGAAUCAUGUAACAAUUGAAAAUGAUGCAAAGCUAUGUGAUUACUCAACGGUGUUUAAUAACGCUAAAAUUAGUAUGGGCUCAGUAUUAGAUCGUUAUUCAAAAUUGAGUUCUGGUGCUAAAUUGGAUCCAUAUGUUUACCUCGGUCAAUAUAGUUCGGUUGAUGGAAACAUACCGAAUUCGGUUGUCAUACAUGAAUAUGUUACCAUACCAAGAGACUCAGUCAUCGUACCUCGUGAAGUUAUAAUUCGUUCACCAUCAUCACUUCAAUUAUAUCAACAGUGUGCUUCGCUUAAGGAUAUCCCAUCGAAUUAUCUUCUCAACGUUGACGCAUCAUUAAACCAAUUGAUUGAUGAACAGAUUAACGAGUUUCGGAAUAACUGCGGACAGAGAACGUUUGACAAAUUGGCAUUUAUCAAAAGUCUUUAUUUGAUUAAAUACCAUGGCUUGGAGACGUUUAAACGAUACGAACCACAAGUCAAAUUUCCAAACGAUUUCAAUAUGGGAACAAAUUGCUCGCCAACUGCAGUUUUGUACCAAAAUCUUGAAAAUGAAACUCAUUUUGGUCCAAAUGCAAGUAAAGAUAUAUUGGGAUCCGAUUGGACACAAAAAAUGGUGAAAGUGCUUGUAAUCGAACAAGACAGUAGGCGCAGAGAACGAUGUGUAGGUGAUGACCGAUGCGAUAUGAUACGUGAAAUUCUAAAUGACCAGAGAAAAGUUACAUGUGCCAAACGAAAUUUGAGUGUGUUUUGCACUGGAAAUUACAAUAGUUUCUAGUUUUGACCAGAUUUGAAAGCACCUUCGAAUAAGAUCAGUCACGCAUAUUGUUCAACCCGAUAGACCAUGAAUACGACCAUAUUAUAACAUACUAUGGAAUUAUCACUCAUUGAAUUUGAACUUUUGAAUUAUUUUUUUUAAUAAAGUAUAACUUUUUGGAAUUGAAA